AACAAACAUGACCUCCAACUUGCGAAAAUGCAAUCCAGUAACUGUGUUGGUUCUGUUUACCAGUUGGCAUUGGCAGGUGACGUCCCGGGAAUACAGUCCAUUCUGGAAAAUGAGAGUGCUACCAAUGAAGAACGAUCUAAUUUGUUAUGGGAAGAGGAUGACAUCGGAAGAAAUGCCUUGUUUGCUGCAAGUAUGCUGGGACGAAGCAAUGUGGUUCGUGAACUUGUAAAACACGGUGCUGAUGUGAAUACCUGGACCGUCAGGGGUUAUUCUCCAUUGCACUAUUCUGCCCUUUGGGGUCAACUCGAUACUCUGAAAACUUUGGUGGAACUUGGUGCCGACAUUCAAGCUAUAAACUUUCGUAGGGAACGGGCAAAGGAGGUUGCAUCUCGUUAUUCAAAAAUGGAUUGUGCUGAUUAUCUUUCCUGGGCUGAGGCCAAACAGAGGUUGCAGUCAUAUAUUACAAUGGUUCGAGAAACCCUAGCGGAUCCAGAGAGAAUUCAAGGGAAACUGAGCAAGGAGGAUAAGAAUGUCUGUAAUAACACAUGCACAGCAAAGUCAGAUUGGAUCCUGAAUUCCAAAAACCCAACGACUCAAGACUUCUGUGAACAGAGAAAACAUAUUGAAGAUGUCCUUUCUCCCAUUUUGGCCAAGUUAACACCUCAAGCUGAUGCAUCUUCCAAAGUGAAUAAGCAGUGAUGGCUAUUUGGAUAAUUAAAGGUUGAUUUUCCCAAAAUAUUCUGCUUUAAACUUGAACCUUGCAUCCUCACAAAAUAAAGAAAUGUAUUUCAAAUUUUAA